AAUUGACGCUAUCUGGACGCGCUUUCUGCGGAGAAAUUGGGGGCGCGGUUUUGGAAAUUAGAUAUCGAGGUGGGGUGCAAUCGAGCUGGUGCCAGCCAGGUUUGCUGAUCUCUGUCGAGUUCCCUCAUAAAGGAUUUGCUCGUCUCGCCUUUGUGCGGUUGCUGUUCUGUGUAACGGGUGGUUUUGCCUCGCAGUGACUUCCGUGAGCGCCCUUAAAGGAGGAACGAGGACCGGUGUGGUGGAGUCGAGGAAGCCGCUCUACACCGUCUGCUCUGGGGAAAACGGGGAUGCUCCUUCGCAUCUCCGAAUUCAGCUCGGUGUGAACGGCGCUAUUUUCCUGGGCAUCUGCUGGUCCCGGCACGUUGAGUGGUUUUCAUUAAAAAGACGCUGCUUAAUGUAAUUCGUGAAGAGGGUAAACACCGUGUUCCAGCCUUUCUCUUGGAGAACCGAGCAACAAGAGAAAUGUCUGUUUUCCCUAAAAUAUCUUUGAGACUUGAGGUUGCAAACUACCUUAAAGAGGGCUUUAUGAAUGAGGAGAUUGUAUCUACCUUAGGUAAACAAGUAGCAGAAAGGAAGUUUGAAACUCUGUUAAAUCACUUGUCACACCCUCCGUCAUUCACAACUGUUAGAGUGAAUACACAUCUAGCCUCAGUACAACAUGUGAAAAAUAUGUUAUCCGAUGAACUUCAGAAGCAGCUUAAUGGAUUAAGUGUUCCCAUUCUUCAACAUCCAGACCUUCAGGAUGUCUUACUUAUUCCUGUUAUCGGACCUAGGAAGAAUAUAAAACAACAACAAUGUGAAGCCAUUGUUGGAGCCCAGUGUGGCAAUGCAGUGUUAAGAGGAGCCCACGUGUAUGUUCCAGGAAUUGUGUCAGCUUCAAAAUUUAUGAAAGCUGGAGAUGUGGUUUCUGUGUAUUCUGAUAUUAAAGGCAAAUGUAAGAAAGGAGCCAAAGAAUUUGAUGGAACUAAAGUAUUUCUUGGAAAUGGGAUUUCUGAAUCAAGCCGCAAAGAAAUCUUCAGCGGGCUACCUGACCUGAAAGGUAUAGGCAUAAGAAUGACAGAACCGGUAUAUCUCAGCCCUUCUUUUGACAAUGUACUGCCUGGCUACUUAUUUUUACAGAAUUUGCCAUCUACUGUAGUAACUCAUGUUCUGGAUCCUCAGCCUGGAGAGAGGAUUUUAGAUAUGUGUGCAGCACCUGGAGGCAAAACAACACACAUUGCAGCACUGAUGCAUGAUCAGGGAGAAGUAAUAGCACUCGAUAAAAUAGCGAACAAAGUAAAAAAAAUAAAGCAGAAUGCUUUACUGUUGGGACUGAAUUCCAUUAGGGCGUUUUGCUUUGAUGGAACAAAGGCUGUUAAACUCGAUACGGUUAAGGACACAGAAGGAGAACCUCCAUUCUUACCAGAGUCUUUUGACCGAAUUCUUCUUGACGCACCCUGCAGUGGAAUGGGACAGAGACCAAACAUGGCUUGUGCGUGGACUUUGAAGGAAGUGACGUCAUAUCAACCAUUACAGCGAAAACUCUUCACUGUGGCAGUGAAACUGCUGAAGCCAGGGGGCAUGCUGGUUUAUAGCACAUGCACGAUCACACUGGCAGAAAACGAAGAGCAGGUGGCCUGGGCCCUCACAACAUUUCCUUGCCUUCAGCUUCAGCCUCAGGAACCACAGAUUGGAGGAGAAGGAAUGAUGGGAGCGGGCCUGUCAUUUGAACAAUUGAAACAGCUGCAGCGAUUUGAUCCAUCUGUUGUGCCAUUACCGGACACAGACUUUGAUUCUCUGAGAGAUGCCAAAGUGGAAGACAUGAUUUGGCUGGCAAAUAAGGAUUGUAUAGGUUUUUUUAUUGCAAAAUUCAUAAAACGGAAAAGCACAGAGGAGACAGAUCCUUAGAAAUGAAAAUUCCAAACAUUUCCUGGGUGUGUGUGUGUGCACGCGCCCACUUUAAUUUAAAAACCAAACUGCUGUCAAGCCAAGUGAUUGACGACAUGGUUGCUAAGGAAACAGAAACGGUUGCCAGAGGUUUCACCAGGGAUCAAGAGACAUAGAGGAAGUAAUCAGGGUGGUCGGAGAUUAUAAAUUUAAAAUAAUUUUUUUCUUUAUGGAUUUAGCAGAGUAUAAAGAAAAGUAGAUUCCUAGAGAUGUCUGAAACAUAGUUUCAUUUGGGGUCUUGUGUUUUAAUUUGUAUAGAAUACAAACCACUUUUAAUGUUAAUUGGUGAAUCUAACAAAAGGAAUAAAAUUAGCAAUAUUUAAUUUGGUUAUAAAAAAUACUUGUUUUCCAUUCCUGAGUGCCUAAGGAGUAGUUCCUUAAGAACUCAGGGCAUGGGAAGUAUGACAUUUAUCAUGUGCCAAUCACGACGCCGAGCACUUUACCUCUUUUUCUGCUUACUAUCUUGGUAAGUAAACGCUCUUUCAAAUGAAGUCUGGACGUCUUCUAAGUGACAGCCUUCCUUUACUUUGUUUACAUUACUUUGAGCUACAAAGUAAAAUGAAUAUUUUCUUCACUUGGUAGAUUAAAAAAAUGAGAAUAUCCCACAGUUUGGAUACCUGUUAUCAUCUAUUGGAACACAUACCAUACAAGUUAUUAGAGACGUGCUUGGUGAGAAAGAGGCAGCCAGCUGCUAACUGGGAACUGGCCCGGCACUUACAGCACUUUCUAGGUGGACUACAAAAAUCACGGUUCUGCAACUGAGUCGGUUAAGAUUAAGCCUUCGCUGCGUGAAAAGACUACUUUUACAUUCCACAGGAGCAAAAACAAGGAGCCAACAGAUGAAUGCUUUCCCAGUCACC